AAAACCGUUAUGAAAGAUGUCAUUCUGGCAUUAGUGCUAUUAUAAUUACAUACAAAAAAUAGAAAUUUUGUAAAGAUCUUGAAACUUGCGUGAUCAUGUUUCGAUGACGAUAAAUUAAAUUCAAUAUUUGGUGUCUAUUUGUGAAAUUAAAAUUAGUAUAAAGCUUCGUGAACAAGAUAGUUGAUCAUAAAAACAAUUUCAUUAUGAGUCCUACACAGAAACCUAAAGUAUUGCAUUUGCCAUUAGCGCGAGUAAAAACUAUUAUGAAAAGUUCUCCAGAAGCAGAAGCCGUUUCGUUUGAUGCUUCCUAUUUCGUAGCAAAAUCUGCGGAGCUUUUUGUCGCUUACCUUGCUAAACAAGCUUAUAGUAAAGGUAAAAAAGAUUUGGAUUAUAAAGAUGUUACCAAUGUUGUUCAUAACAAAGACACAUUAGACUUCUUAUGGGAAUUAAUGCAAAAAAUUACGGUGAGACAAUACAAAGAACUAAUGUCAAAAAAGAAAGUGGAAAAAGAUCCCAUUUCCAGUUUGGAAUCAGAAGAAUCUGAUAGUGAGGAAUGA